AUGGCCUCCGAGGACAGUAAGAUGGAGGAGGCAGCGGAGGGAGCUGUGAACGAUGGAACACAACAGCAAACAGAAGAGCAAGAGGAAGAACAGCAGCAGCAGUCGAAAGGCAAUAAAGACUGGAAGGGCGACGGCGAGGCGGCCAGCGACGACGAGGCCAUGGCUGACUCAGCAGCAGUCAAUGGCAGUACCGGCGGAGCAGCUGCUGCAGGUGCUGCCUCAGCGCAAACACCCGCGUCGGCAACGCAUGGCGCCGGGGGCACCGCAGCUGCCGAUACGGCUGGCACAGCUGCAAACAGCAAUGCCAGCGCCCGGAAGGCACCUGCGGAUCGACCAACGCGGGAGGACCCAGCUGCGGCGGAGAAGCUCCGGGCCUACGUGGCCAGCCUGGGCGGCACGCUGCCCCAGGGAUGGAUGGGAGUUUACAAGAUGCGCGUAGGGGGGAAUUCAGCCGGGCAGUACGACUUGUACUACAAGAGCCCUGAGGGUCGCAUGAUCAGGUCCAGGGCCGAGGUGCUCCGCAUACUGGGACUGGACCCCAGCGGAGGUGCUGGCGGCGCAGCUAAGAGGGCUGCCAGCAGCAAGGGUUCUAAGAAGAAGGCUGCUGGCGCUCAGCCGGCUGAGGAGGGCGCCGCAACGCCGGGAGCCCAAGCGGCGGGUGCAGCAACAGUAGUCCCCACAUCGCCGCCGGCUACCGGUCGGGGUCCGGGCUCUGCCGCUGGCGGGAACAAGUGGACCCUGCCGCUGGAGCUUCCCCGCAAGGAGGCGCUCAAGGCGGCCAAGGAGCGGGCGAAGGACCUGGGGUUAACCCCGCCCUUCGCCACUGACAGGGGCGUCACGAUCCUGAGCCUGGGGGCCUUCCAUAAGGCCCCUGGGUUCUAUGACGCGACCCACAUCUGGCCGCUGGGCUACAAAGCCGCGUGGGUUCCACCGCACGACUCCGCGUCCGGCCCCGGGAGCGCAAAGAAGAAAGCGAAGAAGAAAGACGACCCUGCCCCCAAGGAAGCAGGCGAAGCGGGGUCUGCACCGGAGCCAGCUGGCGGCGAAGGCGGCGAAGCGAAGCAGCCGGCACUGCCGCCGCCGCCACCACCGCCGUACCGCUUCAUCAGCGAAAUCCGUACGGGCAGCAACAAUGGCGGCGAGGGCGAUAGUGAGGGGCCCUCCUUUGCGGUGCUCUUGGAGCCGAAUCCAGAUGCUUCCGCUGCGGCUGCGGCCAGCAGCAGUCCGCCGGUGGAGCCGCUGCUCGUACAUGUAGCCGCUGCGCCCGACGCUGCCUGGUCAGCUGUCGUUGACCUCCAGGCCGCCGCAGUAGCGCUAUGCAAGCGGGCCAAGCCCAGCGGUGCCGGUGCUCAGCCGACGGAAGUGCAGCGGGCGCUGGCGGCGAUGCCGCCGGUGGGCAAAGUGUGGGGCAUGGACUGUUUCGGGCUGUCGGACGUGCGCGUGCUGCAGCUGCUAGAAGCCCUUCCUGGAGUCGAGUCCUGCGAGGAUUACUUGCUCGUACAGCAGCGGAACUCGUGGGACCUGGAGGCCACGGGCAUCGCUACGAAGCGCAAUGUCGUACUAUCAGCGGCGCCCAAUCGGCGUGCUGCCGCCGCAGCGACCAAGCAGCGCAAGCGGCAGCAGCAGCUGUCGAUUGAGGCGUUCGUGGAUCGGCCGCCGCCGUCGCCCACGGCGGAAGCUCCGGUAGAGCCGGCGUCUUGGGAUGGGCUGGAGGGUUUGGCAACCGCCGCGGCGGCGACGACGUCGGGUGGCGGCGGCGGCGGCGGCGGCGCAGCUGCUGGCGCGGCCACCACCGGCGCAGGGAAGAAAUCCACCGCGAAGUCCAAUGCGGAAGGCAAGACGGGCGGCGGCGGCGGCAGCAAGAGCAAGAUUGACAAGUCGGGCAGGAUGACGCGUGAAGAUCUGGAGAUCCGGGGCGUUUUGGACCGCCUCGUAGAGCGGGUGUCCCUGGUCAUGAUGGAGCCGGAUGAAAAAGAGCGCCAGAAGCUGCUGAAGGCCAUGGAGAAGUCCGACCGGGCCGCUGCAAGGCGGCGAGAGAAGACUGCGGAGAAGGCUGCAGAAAAAGCCGCGGAGAAGGCGGCAGGCGGCGCCGCCGGGGCGUCCGACAAGGAUAAGGAAGCGAAGAGCAAGGAGGAGGCAAAGAAGGAGGCAAAGGGCAAGGAAAAGGAGGCGAAGAGCAAAGAGGAAAAGGAGAAGAAGCCAUCCAAAUCCAAAGCCACCAAAGUGAAGGAAAAGGAUGCUGCGGGUGCCGCGGCCAAGGGCGCCGCCGCGGCGUCGACGGAAGCCGCCACAGACACCGCCGCCGCCGCUCCACCAACCUCUCAGCCAGCAGGCCAACAGGUGGAUGAGCGGGCGCUGCCUAACGCAGAGUCGCCGGCGCCGCCAGGCCUGUCCCUGGAGCUAUCGUACACUCUAAGCGGCGCCCUUGCAGCUGACGGAGAUCUGGCCGCCGCUCUUAGCACAGAGGAGGUCCAGCAGCUGCUCGCAGUGUACCAGUUCAUCUGGGACCACAGGAAGCUGUUGGGUAUUGAAGGGCGGGUCCCCUCCCUGGCGGAUCUGCUGGCCAUGGUGUCGGAUGCGCCAGCCCGGCUGUCUCCCCCCGCCCGCCGCGCCACUGACGAGCUGCAUCUGUCACUCGUGCGAUUGCUGGUGGGGGAGGCGCUGGACGAGCUGCUCGAGUACAUCGCGGAGACAUCCAACCUACAGCGGCGGGACCUGUCCCCUGCCACGCCCCCCAUCACCGCCGCCACCUGGCCGGAGCUGGCUCGUCGCUACAUGGCUGCCGCAGCUGCUGCUCGCUACCUGGCUACCAGUGAGCCCCGCUCCUCAGCACUGGCGACGCUGCAGCUGCCGGGACAACUCCAGAACCUGGAACCGGCGGACUGGCUUCACUACCUGCUGGCGGGUCUCAACUUCCCACACCUGCUGUCCCGCAUCGCACUGCUGCCGCACGCCUCCUCCCGCUGGGCGGCAGACGCCCUGCUGGCGGCGGACGACGCGCGGGCUCGCGCGGCGGCGGAGCGGGCGCUUCAGGGCGUCAAGUCCUUUGACUUGCAGCACCUGGAUGGUGAGGGUCAGGACGGCAAGCAGCUGGGCUUCUACGCGCCCGAGUUCGGCGAGGUGCUGCGUGCUCCCAGGGGUGUUGACCUGCACAUGGUGGCUGCGCGACUGGACGCGGGGCUAUACCAGAGCACUGGCGACUGGCUACAGGCGCUGGCAACGGAUGCGAGGUCGGCUCUGGCACUGUGGCGCGCGGCGCUGAGCUGCCCCAAGGGCAAGAGCAUUCCCGGCCACGAGGACGCCCGGGCCGCGUUGGCUGAUGAGGCGGAACUCAAACUGAACGAACUACUGGCGAACCCUGAUGCGACACUGGCGUUGCCGGCGCCGACGCCGGCCAGCGCCGACGCCGCAACCAAGCCCAGCGCCGACACGGAGAUGCAGGACGCUGACGGGGACGGUGAUGGAGGCACUGGGAAGGACCCCGGAAAGGGCUCUGGGAAGCCUCGGAAGAGCCGCAGCAGAGCGCGUAGCCGCAAGCAGCAGGCGGAGGAGGGCGGGCAGGCGGCCUCUAUGGCGGCAGGGGAUGAGGACGAGGAAGGUGACCCAUCCAGCUUGGACGACCCUACCCGUCUCUUUAAUCCCCGGGACGGAUGCAGGCAAGCGGGUGACGUUGGCGGUCUAGGAGCGCGUCUUGAGUCUGACAAGGCAGGGAUUCCGGAGGGUGCUCAAUCGGGUCUCAGACGACGGGUGUGUGUCGGCGCGCAGCAGCACCCGCCCUGGGACUCCGCGGAGGAAAUGUCAAUCCGGUCUUGUGGUCAAAGGAGCCGUUGUAACAUAAUUCACAAUCUCUUACGGUUACUCUUUUCCUGCCCUAGGGUUUGCUGGCUUGACGAGGACAAGAACCGCAUCUUGCUGUGCGAUGGUUGUGAUGGCGAAUACCAUUGUUACUGUGUUGAGCCGCCGCUGCUGGAGGUCCCUGCGGGAGCAUGGUUCUGUCCGUCCUGCACCGCUCGAGGGCUGGGAUUACCCAAGGCUGACGACGAGAGCGAGGACGCCAUGGACGUGGACGCAGCGGCGGAGCGUCGCGGGACUCCACGCGCGACCACUCCAAGCCGCACAGCAGGCGGAGCGGCAGGAUCGUCAGCAGCUGCAGCCGGUGGAGCUUCCAUCUCUCCUAGCGACGGCAGCGCCUCCGGCAGGUCUCCCUGCUCGCCCGCUUUCCAGCACUGCCAUAGUCACAGCCAUCUCGUUUCGGAUCUGCACGACCGGGCGGCGGCGCGGCGGUUACAGUCGCGGGUCGGCCACGCGGCUGCGGCGGUAGACACAGCAGCGCCGGCGCUGCCUGCCGCUGGCGGCACGGCGGGGGCUGACGUAGGCGAAGCACCGCUGAGCAUACCGGCCGAUGUGCCGGAGGGCCCAAGGGUCACACUGCGUGCGAACAGCCGGCCAGGGCUCCAAGAGCUGGCAGGGUUACUCCGGCUGGCCCACUUGCUUGGAAACUACGACUACUCCACCGGAAGCCCCGUCAGCGCUACGGUUGCUGCUGUAGGGGGCGUCGGCUGCGUCGGCUGGACGCCCGCUCGGCGUUUAGCCCUGCUUUCCACGCUGUGUGAUCUGGCCUUGGACACCAACGCGCUUCGGAACUCCCUGGAGGAGAUCGUGGAGACCCGCAAGAAGGCGCGAGUGGAGGCCAACGCCAUUCGGUCCAAGGCCCGACAAAUUCAGGUAGAGGGGCAAAGGAAGAGUAGGCAUGGGUGCGGGCAGGGGGAUAGGAAGCGUCGUCGACAGAUGAGCGAAGGCUUACAUAACGCAGCUUACAUUCGUGCAAAAUGUUUUCAAACGCCUGAAGAGCUGAGCUGCUGUUUGGAGUGUAUGAUUUAUGUUGGCCAGGUUUUGAGUAGCGCGUUCAAUUUCCUGCUGCAGGAGGAGCAAGCGGCUGCGAAGAAAGCUGCGGCCGAGAAGGAAAAUGCGCCCAAGCCAGAGGGCGACGGCGAUGCCAGUGCAAAUCCGGACGCUGCAGCGGCAGCGGGCAAGGGUGGCAAGGGGGCCAAGUCGAAAGGGACCAAAUCCAAGGGCGGCAAGGCCGAUAAAAGUGCAGAGCCGGGCGGCAAGGAGGGAAAGGAAGCAGCCGACGAGGAAGGCGGAACUCAGGAGGCGAAGGACAGCAAGGACGGCGGCGAGGCGACAGCAGCAAAGUCCCGUGGAUCCCGCCGCCCCACUGACCUGUCCGUGCUGCCCGAGGCGGAGUUGAAGCGGCUGAUGUCACUGGAGGCGCAGAUGGAGGGGCUGGCGGUGCGGCAGGAGGCACUGGGAGAGGACCGGCAUGGGAGCAGGUACUGGUGGCUGGGUGCUGACCACCUCAACCCGAACGGGCCCCAAGGGGUAGUCGUGGUGGAGCAGUUUCCGCCGGGGCACGCCAUCGCGGAGCAAGCGAGGGCCUCGCAAGCCUUCAACGACCGGCAACUGGCGCGCCAGAAGGAGGAGGACGAGCAACAGGCACGGAAGGCGGCAUUAGAUGAAAAAAAGAAGCAGAAGAUGAUGGUGCAGAUGGCGGCUGGGGCCGGCGAGGAGGAGCAGCCGGAGGAGGAGGAGCUGGAUGAGUGGGGCUUGCCGAAGGAGCGACCCAGGCCUCGGACGGUGCCAAUCGGGGUGGAUGCUGUUCCGGGGCAAUCCUGGUCGGUGCACCACACUCCGGAGCAACUGAACGCGCUGAUUGGUUGGCUAAAUCCCAAAGGCAUGCGCGAAGGGCCGCUGCGGACAGCGUUGCUGCGCGCCCGUGACCGCAUCGCGGCGUCCCAAGCUCCAGCGACCACGGGUGGCAAGCAGAAGCCGGCCGCUGCUGCUGUAGCACAGCCGCCACAGGGCGAGCAGCAAGACCAGGCACAGCAGCAACAGUCCGUGGCAGCUGAAGAGGGAGGCGGUGGCAGCACCCAACAGGUGCAGCAGCCGCUGCUGCUCCUCCCCGCGGUGACCGUGGUGGCGGCCGGCGGGCGCCGCGGCGGCGGCACCGCCGCCACGCGUCAGGGCUCCGCGGCAUUGCCAGAGGCUAGCGCCGCGGCCGAAGAACCCGCGGAGGCUAUUGCGCUCCGAGCAGAGCUACUGGCAUUGCACCGGAGCCUGCCGGCGGAGGCCUUCAAGCGUUUCUGGGGCUCGGCGGCGCGGCAGGAUAGGUGGUGCACAUUUGUGGAGGGUGCCACGGCUCCGCAACAGCUCUGCGCGGCGUUAGUGGUUCUGGAGGCGAUGUUAGUCGAUGAGGCCUUCCGACCUCACUGGCGGCUCUACUGCAUGCCCGCUCAGCACCCGGAACUAUGCACCACUUGGGCGGCAGUUUGGUAUCGCCUUGGGGGGCUGCAGGGCGCCAUCCGCAAGCAGAUCAUCCCGCAGCGGGAGCUGCACCACCAGAUCGCGGUGGAGACGACCACCGGGAAGCCCGGCAAAGCUGCCGCCGCCAAAAAGGACAAGGCUCCGGCAGCAGCGGCCAAGAAGGAAAAAGAACAGCAGGCGGUUGUUGUGGCGCAGGAGCGGUACCCGUCGCGCAGGGGCGGUUCGGCGGCACCGCCAGCGUUGCCUGACAUAUCGAACGUCCGAAGCCGUGAGGCAGCCGCUCUGCUUGGCUCUCAAGCAGCGUUUGGAAAGCCACACAAAGACGCUGGUGGUGGUAAAGGCCAGAAGGACGCGGGCGGUGGUGGCGGCGGUCGGGGCCAGAAACGCCAGCGUGGCGUGGUAGAGAGCGAGGAUAGCGACGACGACGACGAGGAGGAGGACGCGGAAAAUGCCGUGGCCGACCGCAAGCGCGGCAAGCGUGUUGCAACUGCCACAGCCAAGAACCAGAGCCGGCGUGCAGUAACAGGCGGCAAGACCAAGGCGAAGGCCAAAGUGGAGUCGGAGGAGGGCGAGGUGGCCGAGGAGGAGGAGGAGCGGGAAGCGGCGGACAAUGAUGAAAAUAAUGAUGAGGCUGACAGCAGCAGCGACGAGGAUGCCUCGGCGUCAGAGGAGGACGACGAGGACGAGGACGAGGAUUCAGAGGACGAUGAGGAGGACGAGGAGGAGGAUGGGGCCAGGCGAAAACGCAGGACAAACCCAAGUCGCUCUUCAGCUCGUUUGCAGAAAAAAAUAGAGGUGGCGCCAAGGACGCGCCGGUCCAGUCGGUUGAAGAAGGAGCAAGAGGAUGACGAUUCCAGCAGUGACAAGAGCGAGUCUGGGGAGGAGGAGGAUGUCCGGCCUGCCAAGCGAACCCGCGGAGCCGCCGCUGCCGCCAAAGUGGCGGCGUCGGCAACAGCAGCAGGGCGCCAGAAAACCCGGUCAAGGUCCGGGGUGGACACCGAAGCCGAGGAAGACAGUGACAGCGACGAGGACGGCCAGAAGGUGCAUGCAAUGGGGCGCACGCGCGGCGGCAGUGCUGUCCCCGUUAAACAAGCGAAUGGGACGAGGCCAGCGAUAGGGUCAAGGGCGGCUGCGAUCCUGGCCAACCGCAAGCGCGCCCUUGCAGAUUGGUCGGAGGGAGAGAGUGAGUCGUCAGGCAGCGGGGGUGAGUCGUCCAGAGACGAUGAGCCGCCGCCCCCAGCGGCUGCGUCAAAGAAGCGGGGCGGGCCAGUGGCGUCGGUGCCGGCAGCGGCGGCAGCAGCGGGGAAGCGGGGAGUGGGGCGGCAGGCUGCGGCUGCCGGAAAACCGCCGCCACGCCGCAUGGCCCGAAGCGAGGUUGAAUAUGACGUCGAGGACUUCGACGAUUUGAAUACCUGAACAUGGACUUAGCACUGCCAUUCGGGCGGACGUCGUGAUCGGAGGUCAUAAAAGGCCUGGCAUGUGACCGAUGAUAAUUGUAUCUGUUGUAGGAAUCAGGAAAGUAGUUGGGAAAUGCACCGGGGUUGAAAACGGACCGUGCGAUGUAGGACUGGACAGGAUGCUGGUAGACUGGGAUUAGCAGGCGUGGUUGUGCAUGUACAGAACUGACUGGCGCCUAUCCUAUGACUGCCACUGUAUGGACUAUACUAAUGGGCUUGUAAUCAUCGUUGGGGGA